AUAGAUACAAUCAAAAACCCUGGCUCAGAACUGUAUGCCCCGGAGAAAGACGGCUCGUUUGAGGCCUUCAAUCAACGAUCUCUCAACCCGGUGAUCGAGAGGUACUGAAAAUAAUUUGCUUGCUCCUCUAUGUGCAGCUGCAGCCCUCAGACAGAUACAUGUCGCCGUUUCUCCUGCAUGCAGGACGUCACAUUUCUGCCGCACUUAUAGCUCUAGUACAACAAGAAGCUGUGGGUCCGGGAAUGGUCCUGGUGCAUCGUUCAGAUGGAGUCACACCACUCGUUCUGUUCACGUAAAUAUGUCCCGAAGAUAGGACGGCCUGCUUAGUGUCCACCUAGGCACACUUCGCCAAGCUGAGCUGAAGAAUAUCCGCCUGCUGUGCACUAGAGCUGACGAUUAUCCAUGGAGGUCUAUCGUUUUGUCUUCGAGAGGAAAUGAUUGCGCCGAGACUCCCGCAUGAGAUACCAGACUGGUGGGUGAGUGAUGAACGUGCUUCGGAUGACUGGAUCGACCCACAUGCCGCUCCCAAUUAUAACGCCAACAUUGUCUACUACGAAGCGUAGGACGAUUCCAGUGACGACGACAGCGUCACAGAGCUUGACCAUGCACGGAACAUGCCACACAAGGUCGGCAAUGAGACUCCGAGCAUUGAUUUUAUCGAUUCCUGCCUCCUGUGCCCACAAGUCGAGAUGCAGGCUCAAGCCGCAGGUGUCCCAAUCCCGCCGGAUCAUAUGGCAUUUCAAAUGGAGUCACACGAUGGGUCCCAUUGCCGGCGCUGGCCGCGGCGAUUUGCAAGACUCUAGGCAAUUUCCAGAGGGCCACGGCAAACUGUCUCCCAGUGGGGACGCGGACGUCCAGUUCACUGGCCACGCGACCAUAAAGGAUGAGCUGCAAAACUCAUCAAGUAUCUCUGAUGCCUGUCCACCGGUCCUCGUCUGGACAUCACUCAAAAGCUGGCAAACGCCUUUGGAGAUGGUCGCCGACGGCCCUGCCUCCAAAACCUACUGCGUUCAGGUUGAUAACCUCCCUGGACAGCCUUUCCAAUACAAGGUUCGGGUUGGUAACCGUCGGGUCCUCGACGACCAUAUUGGCCUGCGCAGACGAAGCAAUCAUGAAUGCGGUCUAGAAGAUAGCCAGCCUGAAGUCACUGAUGAUUGCCGAUUCCCUAUAGUGACGUGCCGCCCCCAUGGGGUAUCAACCAAAUCAACCAGCUUGCUACGUUCAAACGUGGCAGUGCGGUCGUGACAGAGCAUAAAAGUACCUCGCUGGUUAUCCCGGGAUGCCGGCUCUUAGCGGAGCGGCGCAAUGCUGAACUUUGGCGUUGGUAACGACGGCGGCGA